UUGAAGGGGAACAUGGCGGCGCCCGGUAUCUGCGCCAGACGAGGCGUUUUGCGGAAUAAAAGUUCUGUUUUCUCCGCUCUGCUCCACAGGACUGCGCCUAAAGACGUUUUUGCGCAGAGAGGACCGGGGAACAGGAGCGUGAGAGCCGCGAGUCACGCUCCAGAGACGCAGCACGACCACACGUACUGUCUGGGGCUAGUCCGGUCUCGAGAUUACGAGGGCUUCGUGUGCUCUCUGCUGCUCCCGGAGGAGGCGCGGCGCUCGGCUCUGGCUCUGAGGGCAUUUAAUGUGGAGCUGGCUCAGGUGAAGGACUCCGUUUCCCAGAAGACCAUUGGGCUGAUGCGGAUGCAGUUUUGGAAAACGGCCAUUGACGAGAUCUACCGCGAUGAGCCUCCAAACCAGCCAAUCAGCAUGGAGCUGUGGAGGGCAGUGAGGAAACACUAUCUCACAAAGAGGUGGCUGCUGCGGAUCAUCAGUGAGAGAGAGAAGGACCUAGAUGACCGGGCCUACAGAAACCUACAGGAGCUGGAGUCUUACUCUGAAAACACUCAGUCCUCUCUGCUCUACUUGCUGCUGGAGACGCUGGGUGUGAAGAACGUGCACGCGGAUCACGCUGCCAGUCACCUGGGUAAAGCUCAGGGUAUUGUCACCUGUUUAAGAGCCACGCCUUACCACAGCACACGGAGGAGGGUCUACGUGCCCAUGGACCUCUGCGCCAAGCACGGAGCGUCUCAGGAGGACUUCAUUCGCGGGAGCAGAGAAAACUCAGUCCGAGACGUGGUUUUUGACAUCGCAAGUCAGGCUCAUGCUCACCUGCAGCACGCUCGAUCGUUCAGGGAGAAUGUCCCUCCAGGCGCGACCCCGGCGUUUUUGAACACGGUGGGGUUGGAGGAUUACCUGCAGAGGCUGAGGAGGGCGGACUUCGACGUGUUUCACCCCGGUCUCCAGAACAGGAACCCGCUGCUUCCCAUCCAGCUGUACCUGCGCUCCUGGAGGAACUCGUACUGAACAUCUAAUAAUAACAAUAAUAACGUCUUACACUUGUGGCGCGUUUACAGCAUCGUCGUGUAGCCCGAGGACGCGAUGACAGAACUUGGUCCGAGCGGGAAUCGAUCCUCUGAGUCGGGUUUGGGGAGGGGGGGGGGCCCGCUGAGCCACUGUCGCCCCCGUCCGACCAGGAACCCAAAGUGAACCAGGGUCUCACGGUGAAACAAGAAACGUGUACUGACCAGGAACCGUCUCGCCAAGAACCAUGUGACUACGCCCUGUGCACUUCCUGUCCAAGGAGGGGCCUUCUUGGGCUGCGGUGGAAGCGGAAGAAGUUCUCGGUUGGACUAAAGACGUGCCCCGCUGAUCGAUCGGACUACGAGUUUAUGCAAAAACUAUUUAUACAGAAAACAACGUACGGUAUUUACGUGUACAAAGGCAGAUUAAACUCACAUCUUCUCAUUUUCUGCUGUAGUCCAUAAAAAUCCUGUUCUAUCAAUAAAAUUAUUUGUUGACGAGAACGAAAAAGCGCAGAGAGACGAGCAGAGAGAACGUUUGUGUUUUUGGUCUUAUGUAAACUUCUAGUAAGGAUUCCACGCAGUUUUUUUACAAAUACAUCCGCGCCGUGAUAAUAAGAGAUUAUAUUUUACACUUUACGUCUGAAAAACAAAUCUCAAAUGCCACCGUCGUUAAAUCCACGCAGCGCAGACUCACCUCUUCAUGCUAAAGCUCCUAUACUCCGAUAACGCCGUCGCUCCCGUGGGUCAGAUACAGUGUCACUAAUGGAUAAAUAUGACGGGAUAAUGCACCGUGACUCUUACGUUGGAGAAAUGAUGAAAAUACCAGAGAAUAAUGCAGAAACGUGCUUUGUUUUAUACAAGAACACGUACGCCGGCGAUGUCCGAGGACUGUUCUGUCGACGCGCGCCGUGGACCGGGGGCGUCGAACUCAACUUCACCGAGGGCCACGUCAGCAAAAUGGUUCAACGGUUCAAAUUUGCAAAGAUAUAUAUAAAAAAAAUAUGUCCGUGUAACUGCGUAACUCCUGAUAAACUGACAUUUUAAGACAGUCAUACGUUUGAAUUUACCUUGUCGCGGGCCGCUUAAAAUGACAUGGCGGGCCGCAUUUGGUCCCCGGGCCUUGAGUUUGACACAUGUGCCAUAGACUGUAACCCGCUCGCCGCCACUUUCCGCACGCUUCUGGCUCCAAUUCGCUUUACGAUAGAAAACUGUGGCUCUCUCUGUAACUGCUGCUGUCAGGCUCAUCAUUUUGUUCUUAAAAUGUCCGUAAAGGAUAUUUGUAAAGAUCUAAAACAAGUUUGAAGUUAUCUGAAGUUUAUUUUUAGUUCAUUACGUUCCACAUAAACCAUCGUAAAGGAUAACGUUCAGCUGGAAAAUAGCCGUCCUCCCCAUUCGCCUGGAACCGGAACGCACCACAUGUCUGUCUAUGGUCGAAUGUUCAGCUGUUGCCGUGGUGACGCAAUGCACAAAUAAGCAAACGCGGCCUGAUGAGUUUUAAGAUGGUCAAAAAAAAAAUGGUCAAACUC